AUGGUAAAAAAACACGCAGAUCAAAUCAAUGAACUAAAGCUGCAGGUCUGUAAUGACUCCCGCAAGUAUAUGUAUGCUCUCACUCAGUUGGACGACUUCAACCGCCUCUUGAUGGCUAUAUCCCACAACGACAUCCCCCAUAUUCAUCAAAUUGUCAAUGUGGCCCUACGAAAUGGUGCCAGUGUGCGUGAAGUCAUUAACAAGCUUGAAGAUGCUCUUGAGGGUGUCUAUCGUCCUCGCGGGUAUGGUGCUGAUGACCUAGAUAUGGCCACCCUCAUUUUUAGACUGGGUGGACACCAAUUACUCUUUGUGCUCAAUCAAAAGCUCUGUCUUCCGUCUCUUCACACCCUCUGA